AUGAGAAGGCGCGUUGUUGGCGUGGCGGGCGGUGGCGGGGCCAAGAUGGCGGCGGCGCUGUCGGUGAGCGGGGCCGGGCCCGGGCCCGGAGCGGAGCCCCCGGCGGGGCCCGGCCUGGCCCCCGAGGAGGAGCUGCCGCCGCUGGACCCGGCCGAGGUGCGGAGCCGCCUGGAGCACAGCGAGCGGCAAUUCCGCAACCGGCGGAAGGUGCUGAUCCGCGGCUUACCGGCGGAUGUGACCAACCAGGAUAUCCAUGAGCUGCUGAAGGAUUACGAGCUCAAGUAUUGCUUCGUGGACAAGUACAAGGGAACAGCCUUCGUGACGCUGCUCACGGCCGAGCAGGCGGCCUCGGCGGUCGGGCGCUUCCACGGCCGCUCUCUGCGGCAGCGCGCGCUGCGGGUGCAGCUGCAGCCCACGGAGGCCGUGCUGUGCGUGGCCAACCUGCCCCGCCUGCUGACCCAGCCGCAGUUCGAGGAGCUGCUGCGGCCCUUCGGCAGCCUGGAGCGCUGCUUCCUGGUCUACAGCCCCGCCACGGGCCACUCCAAGGGCUACGGCUUCGUGGAGUUCAUGAAGAAGGACUCGGCGGCGCGGGCGCGCUCGGAGCUGCUGGGCAAGCAGCUGGGCACCCGGAGGCUGCACGUGCACUGGGUGGAUGCGGCGCAGCUGAGCCCCGAGCUGCUGCACUCGCGCUGCCUGUGCGUGGACAGGCUGCCCCGGGGCUUCACUGACCUGCAGGGGCUCAGGGCUGUGUUCCAGAGGGUCUGCGAGCCCUCCUUCUGCCAGCUGGCCAUCGGGCAGGACGGGCAGCCCAAGGGUUUUGCAGUUCUGGAGUUCGAGUCCCCGGAGGCGGCCGAGCGAGCCCAGGAGGCCACGGACGGGUUCCGUCUGUCCGGGCAGCACAUCCGUGUGUCCUUCUGCGCCCCCGGGCCCUCGGGCCGCAGCAUGCUGGCUGCGCUGAUCGCCGCCCAGACCACGGCCCUGAACCGUGGCAAGGGGCUGCUCCCUGAGCCCUCCCUGCUGCAGAUCCUGGGCAGCCUGGGCAACCCGGCCUCGCUGCAGCUGCUGCUCAACCCCCUGCUCCAGGGGGCCCUGGGCGCCAAGCAGGCAGGAAUUUUGGGAGCUGCUCCCUCCCUUCCCCUGGUGCCCAACCCGGCGCUGUCCACGGCUCUGCUCCAGCUGGCUCUGCACAGCCAGACCCAGAAACCGGGAAUUUUGGGCGAUUCCCCGCUGAGCUCCCUGGCCCAGCCCCCCGGGAAGCUCCUGGGGGAGAUUCCCUCAGGCGCUCCCGUGCCCGGGGACGGGGCCCAGCCCCGCGGGAAGUCCCCGGUCCUGUCCCCGGUCCUGGCCCCGUUCCUGGCGCAGGAGAAGGCGGCGCUGGGACCCCCCGGGACCCCCCCGGGGCUGGGACCCCUCCCCAAACCCCUCCCCAAGCCCCUCCCCAAAGCCCAGCAGGGAGAGAGCGGAGCCCCCGCCCCCACGGUCUCUCUCCUGGGGGAGCCCCCCAAGGAUUUGAGGAUCCCCCUCAAUCCCUACCUGAACCUGCAGAGCCUCCUGCCCACGCCCGGCCUGCCAGGAAAAGGGUUUAAGGUGAAACCUGGAGUUUUGGGGACCCCCCCGCCCGACGCCUUCGCCGUGGACUUCCCGGAUUUGGGGUCCCGGAUUUUCCCCCAGCCCCGCGACCACGGCUCCAUCCUGGGGAGCUUCGGGCACGGCAGGCACAAGAUCUCCUCCCCCUCCUCGGGGUUGGACAGGGGGGGUCUGGGACCCCCAGGGCCCCCCUUUUUCUCAGGAUCCCCCAGUUCCUACUUCACCAGUGGCCUCCAGGCCGGGCUCAAGCAGAGCCACCUCAGCAAGGCCAUCUCCAUCCCCCCGAGCUCCGACUCCAUCCUCGCCUUGGCUCCCCCCAGCUCUCACCCCAAGACGCCGCUAGGGGGGCACAAGAGGGGCUUCUCCCACCUGCUGCCGUCGCCCGAGCCCAGCCCCGAGGGCUCCUACGUGGGCCAGCACUCCCAGGGCCUGGGGGGCCACUACGCCGACUCCUACCUGAAGAGAAAAAGGAUAUUUUAGUGGGGAAAACCUCCCAAAAAAACCCCAAAACAAACCCCAAAAAAAUCCCCCAAAAAAUCCCCAAAAAAACCCCAAAAAUUCAAAAUAAAACCCCCCAAAAACUCAAAAAAAACCCCCCCUAAAGAUAACAUUUUUUAAAAAAAACAAAACCUCAAAAAAUAAAAAAAAGACCAAAAAAUCCCAAAAAUCUAUAAAUCCUGCCCAAACUUCACCUUGGUUUUUGCUUUAUUUUCAUCAGGAUUUUAUUUCUCUUUCAUUUUUGUUUUAAUCCUCUUUUUUUGGGGUUUUUUGGUGUUUAUUUUUUGCGGUUUUUGUUUUUAAGAGAUUUUAAGAUUUUUAAUUGCCCCUUGAAGGAUUUGGGGAGAAUCCCUUAAAUUUUUGGGGUUUUUUUUUUCUGCCUCCCCCUCCCCAGAGCAGCCCCUGGAGCCCCCCAAAAACGCUCCCUGCCUUAACUGCUGCUUUUGGGGUGGGGUCCCCAAAAUUCCAGGGCUCAAGCCCAAUUCCAACCUUUUCUUUGGGGGGAUUCCCACUUUUUCCCACUCUUGGGGUUUUUCCCCUGUUUUGGGGUUGGUUUUGGGGUGGGGUCUCCCCCAUGUUUUUGGGGUUUCCCCCUUUUUUGGGGUCCAAUCCCUCUCUUUAAACAUUUCACUGGGUGGAUUUUUUUGCUGUUUUUUUUUUUUUGUGUUUCCCCCUUUUUUUAACAACUGGAGCCGCUGCCGUUUUACGCUUUUUUUUGGGGUAAAAUCGGCCUUUUUACUUUAACGCUGUUUUGUUUUUUUAAUCGACCAAAUCUUCCUCCUUUCUCCUUCGUUUUUUUGGGGGGAUUUCCCAGGAUUUGAGUUCUUUUCCCUGUUUUUACUGUCUGGUUUUGCUGUAAGGGGGGAUUUGGGGGGGGCUGUGUCCCCCCCACCCCCCUCCCCCCAAAAUAAAAUUCUAUUUAUA